GAGGACUUUCAGCAAACAGAUUUUACUUUAAACGUCUGAAAACUGCUUCUUCCUUUACCUGGUUUUUACAGGAAGGUCAGAGAGAACUCACAGCCUGCGUGACGUUACCCACAUGUUACCCCUCAUCUUCCUCGCUCCCCCUCUUCUCCCCCCACCGUCCCCCCGCUUUCUGUUUCUGGGAAAGAAGCAGUUUACGCAGAAAAACAAGUGUGUAAAUCCACCUAACAGCUCACUGGAACUAAAGUGCUGCUUUAAAGAGGCUUCAGUGGUCGUGACAACAUGAACGCCACUCAUCCAGACACAAACACCACCCUCGUCCCUGACGGAGCCAACACCACCCUGUCCAGCCUGACCAUCCCCCCGCCCAGCAUCCCUGGUCCUCCGGCCCACCCGUCAACCCUCCACGACCCGGAGUUCACCAUCAUGGUGGUGCUGGGCUUAUCUCUGAUGCUGGCAUUGUUGGCGGUCCUCCUGGCGGUGCGGCGGCGCUUGGAGCAGGACAGGGUCUCAGAGACCAGCUGCGUCCCUGGGGAGGGUCUGCCUCGUAGGGGGGGCUCGUCCACCGAGCCUCAGCUCAAGGUGUGGAAGAGGCUGGGCUCGUACCGGCGCUCCUACAACRCCUCGUUCAGACGACCGCCUCAACGCAGACCCCGCCAGCAGACCAGGACCACCAGGUCCACAGGCUCAGAGACGCCGCAGCCGGAGGCUGGCGUGGAGCUGCAGCUCACCACGCCCUGCCUCCUGGACUACGUCACUGAAAUCUGACCCCGCCCCUUUUUGAAACAAGAAACUUUAUAAUUAAGGAUUUGUACAAAGAUGGCAGGUCUGCACGGUGCCCCCCACCUUCCAGGACACAAACCUAAACUGAGACACGAGGAAGUGAAGAGGUUUUGGUAAAUCUGGUAAAUCUAUAAGUUUCACUUUUUAACCCAAAAUCCAUAAACAUCAUGACAUCAUUGAACCAUUUUUACUCGAUUCCUUCAGAUUACUACAGAAAACGUUAAACAAAUAAAAGGAUCACAGCAGCAGAACUUCCUGUAACCAUUGAAUUAAGCCUUAAAGGUGGAAUCUAAAAACCUGAGUCCAGGUCUU